AUGCUCUCAUCGACGCUUUUCGCAGCGGCACUGUAUGCAGUUGCGGUCACAGCAGCAGAGCCGUCAGACAUAUCAUCUUGCUCGUCUGGACCGGCCUCUAAGUACCUAACAUUGGCGAACUUCCCACCAGCGCAGACCUACUGCUCCGACAACUAUGCAGCUCCGGCCACAGUGACGGAGACAUCAUGCGCAACACCCACAGCAUCUACAGGAGCGAGCAAGCGCGAUGACAAUGGAUCGCCUCAAUGGCGCGGCGACCACGGCCGUCCCUCAAGUGAUGCCAUCUUAUUCAAACAACUCAUGGACGAGUCCUCAUCUUUACAAUCUACGUUGUGCUCCUGCAUCGGCACCCAGCCUCAGAUCGUGACGAUCCAGACCACCUGUGCAUCCAACGAGUACUGCGAGGCCAAUACAUCCACCUGUAAAGUCCAGCGCAACUGCAAGAACCCCGCUUCCUGCGACGGCCAUUCUUUUUGCGGGAAAGGACCUUCUGGAAACAAUCUCUUCUGCCACCAGGACACCGAUGACAGUGAUAUGGGCUACUGGCCUGAGAAAACUGAGCAGGUGGACCACGAGCGGCUCAGCGCCUGUACUGAGUUCAACGUCGACUCAAACGGCCAACCGAACGCUUCCGCCGACUUGCGUUAUGAGUCCGACGCCCAAUAA